UAAAAAUGUUAAUGAUAUCUAUACUAGCAAGGUAUUCGAAAACGCAAAAGAAACUAAAAGAAAAAAGAAAUUAACGGCUAUCGAAAAAGCUAUAUUACGCUAUGGCGCAUCAAAAAUCAUUGAUUUGUCCAUCUACAUAAAAGAAUGGUUUUGUGUUUCUGACAAAAAAUUUAUUUCAAAAAAUCAUGAAUCUUUACUACAAAUUCCUGAGCUUGCAGCCGAAGAAAGUUCAUUUGUUGCGAAAAUUGAGAAUUUGAUACGUAAAGGAAAAGUCGAUCAAGCAUACGAAUACUGCAUGGAUACUCAUAUUAAAUCUGAUAAAGACAGUUUCUUAUACAAGAUUAGUAAAAUAUACAGCAACUUCAAAGAUCGAGAAAAUAUCUUGGAUUUUUCCUCAGAAACUACACAUACAGAAAUUGAUAUAAUCCUAAAAGCAUGUGCAUACAUUGUCGAAGGACUAAACAAAAACCUUAAAGUAUAUUCUAUAUGGGGAGAAUCUUUUUGUCUGUUAAGUAAAAAUACGGGCUAUAUGAAUAGACGCAAGUGCGAUGUUCGAUCUAUGUCAGAAUUUGGAAUUGAUGUUGGUGAAUGGAAAUUCUCCGUCAAAGCCAUAACAAAUAAAACCAUAGGUGAUAGAUGCCACUCUGCUCAUAUAAAUCAAUCGAUAUUAAACAGAUUGUUAGAAUACAAUUUCAAUGAUAAACAAGUUAAGAAUAUCCAAGUUCCUUUUUUACAGUUUGGUGGCACAAAUAUUGGAAAAUUGAAAACUGCUAUCAGUGUUAUCAAGAUAGUCGUAGAGACAUAUGAAAAAGUAUGCGAAACUAUAGAAAAUCUAGAAACAUUUCAUCAUAAAUUUGAUGAUAUAUUUAAUGAAGAUUAUCACAUUAUUGACAAGCCUACGCAUUUUAAGUAUCAAUAUAUUCACAAACCAUGGUGGACACCAAAAAAUUAUUUGUUUGCGAA